CUGUGUUUUCAGGAUGUGAAGUCGACCUUUUUUCAGUUUGGUGCCUCCAUCCAGCAGGAGGCUCUGCUCAUGCUGAACAUCAUGGAGGAGUACGACUGGCACAUCUUCUCCAUCGUCACGUCAAAGUUUCCCGGCUACCAGGAGUUCAUCAAUAUCCUAAAAACUACUGUGGACAACAGUUUCGUGGGCUGGGACCUGCAGAAUAUUAUCACUCUGGAUGCAGUGGAGGAAGACAGUCGCUCUCAGAUCAUGCUCAAGAAGGUCCAGUCUCCUGUGGUCCUGCUGUACUGCUCCAAGGAUGAGGCGGUCUACAUUCUGGACGAGGCGCGCUCCCUCGGCCUGACCGGUUUCGGUUACAUCUGGAUUGUGCCGUCGCUCACCACCGGAAACCCCGAAAUAACCCCAGAGACGUUUCCGUGUGGGAUGAUUUCAGUGUCAUACGACGACUGGGACUACCCGUUGGAGGCCAGAGUCCGUGAUGGUCUGGGGAUCAUAACGUCCGCGGCGGCGGCCAUGUUGGAGGAGUAUGGCGACAUCCCCGAGGCCAAGACCUCCUGUUACGGUCAAAUGGAGAAGACAACCAAGCUGCCACCGAGCGCAUUACAU